AGGGGAGAGGGAAGGCAAGAUAGAGAUGUCAGCUAGAUUGCCAUCUCGCGAACCAUAAUGGCUACAACGCUACCACAGUGUGAUGAUCACCAUGGCGUAGGCGCCAACACUGGGAUAUUGUCUUUGCAAUCACCUUUUCUCAUCUCGCAGAUAGCGUCAUAGUUCAAUAGUCGCAAAAAAUGUCGUCAGCAUUGUACUCGGCCGGGGCACUAAUCGACCAGGCGCAUGAGGAUGAUAUCUGGCACGCCAGCUGGAUCUCGGGACAGCACAAACUAGCAACAGCCGGUUCCGACGAAGUAGUGAAAAUCUGGGACGUGCAGUCGGGCGAAUGCAUGCAGCAGCUCAAGGGCAGCGACUAUGCAAUCACCUCCCUCGACGUGAACAAGCAGGGCACGCGGCUUCUGACGUCAUCAAUGGACAACAAGAUCCGGCUCUGGGACAUCGAGUCCCUCGACGGCACCAGGACGCAGACCAGCCCGCUGCUGGAGAUUGACGCCGGGGCGAUAAAUGCAUGGAAGUCACGGUUCAUCAACGAGACCACAGUGUAUGGAGAGGACGACACGACAAGCACGCGCAGCAGCAUGAUCGGCUCAUGCACUGACAAGGGCAAGGUGCGGCUGUGGUCGCUGGAUAAGGGAGCGCUGGUCAGCGAGCUCAGCACGUCGCGGCCCAACUUCAUGUAUGCGAUGGCGGCCAGCCCCGAUGGCGCGCUUGUGGCGUGCGCGGGAGUCGGCAGCAGCGUGUAUGUGUUUGAUACGGUUACGGGCUCGCUGGUGAGCACGUUUGCCGGGCACUCGGACAACAUCCGGUCGAUUUCGUUCUCCAGGGACUCGGGUCUGAUUGUCAGCGCCUCAGACGACAAGCAGAUCCAGCUGCAUGACGUGCGGCAUGGGUCGGCGGUGGCCACAUUCCUGGGCCAUACAGGCUGGGUGCUGUCGGCGGAGAUACACCCGGAUGGGCAGUACAUUGCGUCGGGAUCAGUCGACACCAAGGUGAAGAUUUGGGAUAUCGCCCAGCGCGCGUGCGUCGAGACGCACAGCCAGCACUCGCAGGCGGUGUGGAGCGUGGCGUGGCAGCGCGAGUCUGACCAGGUCGCUAUUUCGCGGCCGAUGCUGGCUUCUGUUGGCGAGGACUGCGCAGUGCAAAUCUACGACCCGCUGCUGGCGUAAGGGUGCACAUGAGGAGGGGAGUUUUUUUCGUCGGUUGGAAAAACAAAAAUAGAUUAUACAGAUU